AUGAAGGGGACAUCAAGGAGCGGCGGCCCCUUUUCGGGUGCCGGCGGAGAUUUUAAUCGCAGCGCCGAGGCGAAAGGCGCUGGCGGCUCCGCUGUCGCUGCCUCGAACGCACAGCGCAGUGCGGUCAUGGCCGCCAACCUCUCUCGGCAGCUCUUCAAGGCCAAGAAGCCGGACAGCGCCGCCUCGGCCAAGUACGAGGAUGGGCUGGACGAGGAGGACCUCGAUCAGCUCUCCGCCGUCGAUCGCGAUUUCGUUAUCAACACAAAGGACCUCUUCGACGACGUGGACGCAGAGCUGCUCGCCGAGGACUUCGUACCGCACGAGCAUGUUGUCGGCAUCAUUGCCUCGGAGAUCACCGGCGGCGAGGCGUCGCCGGACGAGAUCGACGACACCUUAAUGGACUACAAGGACCUCGAGGCGGAGAUCAACGCGGACCUUGCGGACUACAUCGACGCUCACCACCAGGAGUUCAACAACGCCAUCUGUGACUUCUCCGAGAUGGUUCUGGCGGUCUCCGGCAGCGAUGACACACUGGCGCAGUUCAAGAAGGAGCUGGCGGACGCGAUAGUCUCGCUGGAAAGUCAUGCUGGGGAGCUGAAGGUGCUGCGGCUGCGUGCCGCCAAGUCACUGUUUAUGGCCGACGCGCUGGAGCACAUCCAGGAGGUCAUUCUCGCUGAAGCAGAGGUGAAGGGACUCUUGCAGAACCGGCACUAUCUCGCGGCGGUGCAGACGUUGCAGACGCAGGCGCGCCUGCUCGCCAGCGAUGAACUGAAAGGCGUACGCGCGGUGCAGACUCUCCGCGACACGCACAACGCCACCAUGUCGACGCUGCACCACCUCAUCAUCGACGACCUGCUGGCAUGCAUCUUUCGUCAUGAGCGCCUCGUCGAGGCGGAUGCACAGUUGCUGCAGGAGAUGAUCGAUAGCAAUGAGCAAGACACGAAGGACACCCACGCGGCCGCCCCAAGCGUGCAGCACACCAUUCAUAAGUAUUGGAAGAUGGCUGGCGUUGGCGCCCCCGGCAGUGGCCACCCAGACGACGACGAGGACGACGCUGGUGAGAUGGACCGAGACGGCGGCCUUGACGCUGCGACACACAACGGCACCACUGCCGGCUCAACGAAGACGGCGGGUGUGGGUGGGCCUGCCAAGAAGGAUCGCACGCUCUCCGCGAUCAUCGAGACGCUGACCGACGACCCGACGGAUGAUCAGGUGUUCAGCAACUACCUGAAGUUUGUGCCCCUGUGCGUAAAAAGCCUUAUGCUGCUGGGCAAGAUAGACUACUGCCACGAAACGUUUUUCAGCCGCGCGACGCGCAGCAUGGAGCGGUUUAUCGCCCAUUUUCUUUUCUUGUACGACGUGUGGCGACGACGCACACGCAGCGGGGCGAGCCUCAGCAAUGACGAGGCGGAGGCGGCCAUUCGCGGCACGCACGUGCGCGCCCUCGACCUCGCCUGUGACCUCAUUUCAUUCGAUGAAGCCGUGGCCACCAUCCAGGCGCGCGACCUGCGCUCCAUGCUGGGCGCCCUCUUCACCGAGCUGGAGAAAAUUCUUCGCAACGCGGCGUAUCUGCAAAAGGUCGUCUUGGUGGCGCACUUCCCGUUUGCAUCCCCGUUCGUUGUGCAGCCGGUUCCGUUUGUGCCGGAGGCGACGUCGCGCCGGUGGAACGUCAUGAGCGCUCCGCUGCGAAACGAGGUGUGGGUGCACGACACGCUGACGACAGCGCUGGACUACGCGCAGAACUGCGUGCGCGAUGCGCCGACCAUGAGUGAGAAGUCGUUGUCGUCGCGCUCCCUGCCCGCCGGCGGUGGCGACAGCAACGUUGGUGAUGUCAUGGCGAAGUUCUUAGAGUUCUUCAACACCGACGCCGUGCUGGCAUCCCUAAAGGCCGAGACGGAGGAGAAGGAUGCCGCCGCCACAGCAGCAGCUGAGAAUCUGACGACGUCCGGCGGCGUCGCGCCGGACACUAAUGCUGCGGCGAGCGACGUCUCCCCUUUCCUCGCGUUUGACCGGCGCAAGCCCUGUCUCACACUGCAGAGCAUUUUGGACCGUCUCGACAGCGCGUGCGCGCAGACGCGCGCCAUUUUCCCUGCUGCUGAGGCGGUGCUGCACACGCUGCAGCUGGCGGUUUCAGCUGAGCUACGAGAUGCCGUGCGGGUGAAGCUGGUGGCCGAGGUGCAGGCGCUGCUGCAGGAGUGGGACCUGCAGGUGUUGUGGUCGCAGCUGAACUACCACAUCGAGUUUGUCUUCCACGUCAUCUGCGACGCGAAGGAGUCGCAGGACGAGACCGACGACGCCGUCACGCUGCUGCCCUUCCUGCGCCAGAAGAAUUUGAUCAGCCGCAUGCAGCGCACCGCCACCAUCAUGCUGGACGCUGACAAGCAGGGUGACGACACGACCACGCUGGAUCGACUGUUGUCCACGUUUGCCUCGGGCGGCCUGCUGCGCAUGAUGGAGGAGACGGGCAGCGUAUCGUUCAGCUUGGUCGGCGCGGUGAAGAAGGCACAGGCGGACAUGCGCAAGGCCCGCGAAGGGCAGACGAGCCAGUUUGAGGCCAUGCAGCACGACAAGUCCAAGCUCAUCGCGUUCACCGACAGCGGCCAGAGUGGCGGUGGUGUAGGCGGGGCCGGGGCACCGCUGGUGCUGCUGCACGUGAGCAUGUUGCGCCGCUGGUUCGUCUUCACUGCGAUGAACGCGCUGACCUGCUAUGAGUGCGCAGCGCGCUUCUACAGCCGCAGCUGCGACCGCGUUCCCGAGUUCCGCUUGCUGAGCGAGGAGGAGUGCGUCGUUGGCUUCUUCAAGCGCUUCCUACGCGCCACGUACAUUCCCACCCUGCACGCCUUCCAUUCACAGCAGCUGCAGCUGCUUCUCAUGAGCAUCGGCGACAGCGGCGGCACCAGCGCCGCAGGAGCGCCGCCGCCCGCCUCUCCUCCGCCUGCAGACGCGGGCAGCACUGCGUCGCACAGCGGCAAGGCGCCGGCGGCGAUGAAGACCCUCAGCGGCGCUUGGCCGACGGUCAUUGUGGACGAGGUGCAGCACCCCAUCCUUGCGUGUGUGCAGUAUGUGGGGCGGGUGCUGGCGAAGGUGAGUGACGUGCGCCGCAUCCUCCCAGAGUCGCUGACGGAGGAGGUGGAGCAGAACACGUCGGAGGCGCUCAUCAUCGAGCUGGUUGUAUUCCUAAAGAGGCAGGUGCAGUGGCUCGGCCGCGGCACCCUCGCCCACCGACUGCUGGACAAGCCCUUCGAGGAUGCUUUUUCCGGCAUGCCGAAUCGCAGGUGGGCUGCGCUGGUGGACGAGGAGAACAUCUUGGACGCACACAGGUACAUUGAUCAGGACCUCUACCGCUACUAUCAGCUCAACAGCGACGAGCGGACGAGCGGGCACGAGUACAACAGGUCGACGGUGUCCGUGCUGGAGGCGAUGCGCGUCCUAGAGACAUCGUCCACCGCAUCCCCCAGAGAUGGCGGCGGCGCGGGUGCCGCGGAGGGUGAGCUGGAUGAGCAUAUUGGCCGGAUGGAGCCGCGGGACAUAUGCGUGCGCGACGACAGUACCCUCGUCGCGUUCGCCCUUCUGUGCACCUCGGUCGAGUGGCUGUGCGACGUGCUGCUCCGCUACCUGUGGCCGAGCCGACGCAAGGCGCGCAACUACACGGACUGCUGCGUGCCCGGCUACUGCUUUGCUCACGAGAUGCGCGUCAGCGACGCCACCUCCUUCGUGCUCGUGGACGGCGACUCCACGGCGCAGCACAAGAUCCGCCUGUCGGGGCAUCUCGUGCGCCUCUGCUCACUCGCGCAGGUCGCACUCUUUCACCUGUCUGUCGAGGCGCGGUUUCUGGCGUUUCUCUUUCUGCCGCAGCUGCGCGACGUGUCCUACGACGUGGUGGCCGUGUCGAGCGCCGCCGACAUGUUCGUCCAGGCUUACGCGCGGCGUGUACACAACUUCUACGCGAUCCUUCGCCAGCACCUCCACGCGAAGAAAAUCAAGUACACGUGCCUGACGGCUGGCAAACCGGCAAGCGAGUUAAUCCUGAUGGAGCUGGCCCAUCUCCGCGACAAGGCCAUCUCGCAGGCUGGUCUCAUGCGGCUGCGAACGGACCUCCUGGUAAUGCAGACCACGCUGCAGCUGGUGCUCCCGACCGACAGAGACGUUCGGGAGGCGGUGUCGCGCUUUUUCCUCCGGCCGGUGCUGUUUCUGCGGUACAUCUUUAACAAGGACGUGGUCAACGAGAUCGUGUCCAGCUUGGACUACCUUAACUUCUCCACGAAAGAGGUGGAGGUGCUGAUCCGGCUUGUCUUCCGGCAAGUCUCCGGCGCCAACGACGACACACUGGCGGUGCAGCAGAUCCAGUUCUUCUACCAGAAGCUGACGACACUGCAGAAUUUGUGUUACGCAGGCAGCGGAACUGGCGGCGGCAGCAGCGUCGUCAACGAACCACCACCACUACCUGGUCGCGCUGGCUCACCUACCGGCGCCGUCGGUGGUGGUGGGCUGGCGUUAUCGGUGCCGCUCAUCACAAACGCGGCUGCCGUGGCUGCCGCCGCGCUGGACGGCGGGGACGAUUACCACGGCGGGGCUUUCAGCUACGACGACAGCAGCUCCGACGCGUCGAACUCGCAGCCGCCGCCGCUACCGCUCUCGUCCGCCACCCGACGUCGUCAGCCCGGCGCUGGCGACCUCGCCGCGUCGGCGAGCAUUUCGCCCCCUCCAAAACCGGUGCCAACGCCAACGUCUGCCUCUGCCGCCGAGGCCCCAGUCAGCACUCGACCCGCGGCCUCCAGCGAAGAAGACGAGGAAGACGAGGAGGACGAAGAUGAAGAAACGCCAGAGACGUCGACGACGCUGCAGCUCGAUCGUCAGUCGCCGCAACGCCCCAUCCUUCGAGGCACUGACGGGGCUCGCUCAUCCACGUCUGCUGCUGCUGCUCCUGCUCCUGCUGGUGCAGAGGCGACAGCACUCGGCAGUCGUCCCACGCGCCGUGUAGACCCCACCUCGCUUCCAGAUCCAUCAUGUGUGCCUUCCUCGAACAGCGCUGCUGCGCCGAAGCCAGCGCUGGCGCAACCCGUCGUCCCACCCCUCGCCACGGGCCCUUUUAGGCGGGCUACUUCAAAGGCACCCGCACCAGUCGCCAAGGCCGGCGCUGUGAAGGUAGAGGCGUCCAGCGAGGAGGACGAGGACGAUGAGGAGUACGAGUACGAGUACGAGGAGGAGGAGGAGGAAGACGAGGUAGCGCCAGCCUCAGCUCCUACCGAGAGGUGUCUGCCGCAUCCUCGGCCUCACCCUGCGGGAUCCCCGACCAACGGAGCUGCCGCCAUCAUCAGGCGACCGUUGGCGUCGUCCGCCUUCGGCCCAAAAUGA